AAAAAAAUAUUUGAGAGAAAAAAUUAGAUAGCCUUUACUAAUACAUCUUGGUUUCAGUUCAGCUGCCAAGCGGCCAGUGAUUAUCAUAUAUGAAUGUUCGUUGCCGGUGAAAUGACUUUUUGGCUUAAAUAUCAGAAUGAUAUCAACGGAGUCGGUGGCCUUGGAAUUGCCAGAAUAAGAUAGUGUAGACUACUUUGCUAUGCGUUGCUGGCGCGAAGAGUUAAUUGUGAUUUGUAUUCGUGAUGCGCUGCUUUUGUAUCUACAUUUUUCGUAACACAACACAUUAACCGUUACAUUGAAUCAAGUUUCGGUUAUUAGGACCAAAUAUGGCAGAUAUCAUAAUGGCAGAUUCAUGUGGAGUUCUGAACAUACAGCGAGUAAUUUUGGCGUGUAAAGACAGAGAUCUUGAGUACCUGAAAAGUCUUCUGGGACCGCAUACAUUCCAAAGCUUCGAGCCAACUGAGACCGACGAGGAGAGUCACAAUGCGUUUUAUUAUGCCAUAAGAUCAGGAAGUGUUGAAUUACUUGAAACAUUUAUUGAAAUAUUAGCGCAUAAUGAGUUAAGCUCUCAUGAUUACUCGCGACGUCUGGACGAACUUCUUUCAGAUGCAUACGAGGAGUUGAAACUGAAGAAUAUGGAACUAAACAAGGAUAUGGAGAUAUACGUUCAAGAGAUGCUGAUAAGUUUACGAUUUUUUGUCGAAAAUCCUUUGAAAAAUGAUGUCAAUGCCCGAAUCAUUGAUCGAGUUGAUUGGGUUAUUGAACAGUUCAAACUUUUGAAUCAGGAUUAUUCUGCUGUCGGUGUCACAGUAGACGACAGAUUUCUAUUUGUGUGUCGAAUUAUUGCCCAAAACCUUCACGUACUGAAACAAAAACUGAAAUCAACGUAUAACAUGCUACCCUGGGAAGAGAUAGAAUUUUGUUUGGUUGCAUUUGUUUCUUGUUAUACCAAGAAGGACGAAAGUUAUUUUUUUUACAAUGCAGUUCUACAUAAAACAAAAUUAUUGCAACAUAUGAACAAUUUCCAAGAAUGUAUGGGAAACCUCAAAUCACUCGUUGGAUCUGCUCAUUGUACAAUUAGAGCUGCUCGUAGUCGUGCUGAAAACAUUGAGGACAUUGUAAACAGAAAUAAGGAUUUUGAAAACCUUUAUGCUGAUUAUUGUCAAAUAAAAGACAUCCACUCACUAUUGCGGAUGCGGAAAUAUAUCGAACUAGCUCUGAUUGAAGUGAAGAAUGAAGAUGUACACGGUCUAGUUGCCGAAAGAGCUCUGCAAGUUAUUGGGGAAUGAUUAAAGAACACUCCGGAAUCUCCACACCUGUCGGAGAGCGUGAGCAAUUUAGUACUUUCAGUUUUCCAUAAAGAGCAACGAAGCAAAAUAAUAAAUAUGCGUGAUGUAUUGUCGCAUGCAAUAGUGGAUGACAAUUAUGUAUUCGAAAAACGUGCGGAAGCUCGCCGAAGGAAGCCAAGUUUCAGAGAGGAUUUGGCUCAACUCAUGGAAGCCAUUCAAGGAGUCAUACUCGAUAAGAAAUACCAAAUCUUGCUCAAGACACUAGAAGAGCUGUGUCAUAGUGAUCAACCUAUGUGGAGGCAGACCGAGCUAAUUCGCAUUUUUGAUACAGUAGAUUGCAAGUAUGAAGAUUUAAAUUUGUUUAGCUCUAGAGUAAGCGAACUUGCAAGAAAUAUUAUCGCGAAUUUACAGGAAUAUAUACCAAAGUUAUCAGAAUAUCAAAAUAAGCUGGUGAACGAAAUACAAUGUAUUUUGAAAUCGGCGGAGCAGCAUGUUCAUAAAAGUCGUACAAAGUUUGGUCGUGGAUUUUUCCUAUUAAAUUCAACAACAAUACACCAAAAUCUUCGUUUUUCAAAAUAUACGUUAGAAUCUUUCAAGCGGGAUGUAAGUUUUUUCGAUUCUAGUAGUUUGAUAUAUAAAAUAGGCAUACUAUUAAGAAGUAUAGAUCCAGAAUUAUCGGUUUCUGAAAGGUAUGUACUAGCAAGAACUUUUUUUAAACUUCUGAAUGUUGCAUACUUGAAAAAUGAUAAAAUUAUUUGCAUAGAAAAAUACGGGAGUUAUCUCAAACAAGAGAGUAAGCAAACUUAUUAUGAAGACGUAAUAAGAUCACUUUUUGACCACAUCAAGGAGACAGCCGAUUUCAGUGAAAAUGAAAUAUUAAAAUUUACUAGCAAAAUAGAAGAUUUAAAGCAAAUUCAUUUAAAAAAUGCUGGUAAACGAUCUGAAUAUUCAAACAUUUUGAAAAAAGCUCGAACUGCCUGUAGUUCAGCAAGUUCAGAAAUAUUACACAAAUACAUGAACCAGUUGUUCUCGAAGAACAGUAAAACAAUGCAAGAAAAGAUAAAAAAAGUUUUAAGAGAAAUAGAAAUGCAAGAAGCAAUUAAGAAUCAAAAGCAUUUUCAGGAUAGAUUUGAAACGUUACAAAGUUUGAUUUCAAUGAUAAAUAAUCUAGAUGAAAACAUACGAAAUUGUGCACUUGAAAUAGUAUUAUUCGAUAUUUUAUCGUACUUGGAGGAAAAAAUAUCUCUUUUAGAUGCAGGAGCUCAAAGCACUGCAGCAUUUCUCGACAAGAACAUUCCAGUUCUAACUGGUAAACAGAUGCGUAACUAUUUGGCUCACGGUAAUUCUUUAGUGCAUAUUUUACCGUCUGACCCAUCGAUAGCAGUUACGAGCAACGUUCGUACAUUGUUGAAAAAUCAAAGAAAUUUAUUAGACCUUUCCAGCUUGAAGAUCGCUCAAAAUCAAUUGUUUUUCUCGAACUGGAAGCAAAAUAUCAACAAAAGAAUCGAGUCCAUGAUCAAUCAACAAAAUAUGUUUGCUGCUGCCGAAGGAAACAAUGUCGAGGAGGUGUAUAAUUGUUUGAAAACUGGAGCAGAUAAAGAAGCGAGAGAUUUCAAACAUUGGAACAUGCUUCACUAUGCUGCUAGAGGAAAUAGUGAGAAAAUAUUCAAAGAGUUUGGAAACAAAACUAUGCUGGAAUCUGAAGAUACGGACGGAAGAAAACCAAUACACAUUGCAGCUCAAUACGGAAAAUUGGAAACCGUAAAUUUUUUAAUGAAUGAUGACUUAGUAGAAAAAUAUAAUAUAAUUAAUGUAAAACGCAGGGAUGGAUUAACACCACUACACCUAUCAGCACAGCAUGGUCAUACAAAAGCGGUUAAAACUCUUUUGACCAACAAUGCGAUUAUGCACAUUAAAACACCAAACGGAUUGACACCAUUGCAUGCAGCUGCUCAAAAUGGGCAUACCGAGGUGGUAAAAAUUUUUCUGACCGAAGGUGCAAAUCAGGAUGCUACAACUGAAAAUGGAUACACAUCAUUGCACUUAGCAGCGCAAAAUUGCCAUACAGACGUGGUUAAGACUUUGGUAACCGGAGGUGCGAAUGUAAACGUUACAACACUUGAGAAUUUGACUCCAUUGCACUUGGCUGCGAAAUUUGGUCAUACGGAAGGGGUUAACAUUUUACUGAUCAAAGAUGUCAAUGUCAAUGCUACUGAAAGUGGUGGCUGUACACCAUUACACUUAGCAGCGCAAAAUUGCCAUACAGAAGUGGUUAAAACUUUACUGGCCAAAUAUGCGAAUGUAGAUGCUACUGAUCUGAAAGGUUGGACACCGUUACAUUUAGCAGCGCAAAAUGGUCAUACAGAAGUAAUUGAAGUGUUGCUGAGAAAUAGUGCGAACAUUACCGCUAUUGAAAAUGGAGGUUGGACACCAUUACACUUAGCUGCGCAUAAUGGUCAUAUAGAAGUGGUUAAUCUUUUACUGAUUAAAGAUGCGAAUGUUGAAUUCACUGGAAGCAAAGAUCGGACACCAUUGCACUUAGCAGCGGAGAAUGGUCAUUCAGCAGUGGUUGAACUUUUUCUGGCCGAAGAUGCGAAUGUAGAGGUUACUGAUAACAGCGGUUGGACACCAUUACACUUAGCAGCGUCGAAUGGUCAUGCGGAAACGGUUCAUACUUUAUUGAACAAAAAUGCGAACAUGGAAGCUACAAUUCAGUGUUCAAGAAUAUUGAUAUUUGAGGCGCUAACAGAAGGACCGGUGAAAGCUGUAGAUUCGAAUAUUGGAAGCGGUUGGACACCAUUGCACUUAGCUGCGAAUAAUGGUCAUUCAAAAGUGAUUACCAUUCUGCUGGAAAAAAAUGCAAAUGUAAAUGCUACAACAAUUGAAGGUUUUACACCAUCGCACGUUGCAGCGCUAAAUGGUCAUGCAGGUGUGGUUAACAGUCUGCUAGCCAAAGGAGCGAAUUUGGGUGCUACUGAAAAGAAUGAUUUAACACCACUACAUUUGGCAGCUCAAAACGGUCAUACCGAAGUAGUGAAAAUUUUAUUGAACAACGGUGCUAAUGUCGAUGCUAUUGAAAUUGCCGGUUGGACACCCCUGCAUUUUGCUGCACAAACUGGUUAUACGGAAGUGAUUAGCCAUUUACUGAUCAAAGGUGCAAAUGUAGAUGCCGUUGAAAAAAGGGAAUGGACACCUCUGCACUUGGCUGCGGAAAAUGGUCAUGCAGAAGUGGUUAAUAUUUUGCUAACUAAGAAUGUGAAUGUUAAUGCUACUACGGUUACGGGUACAACGCCACUGCAAUUGGCUGCGCAAAACGGUCAUACUGAAGUAGUUGACACGUUGCUGAUGAAAGAUGCUAAUGUAGAUGCUUCUGACAAUGAUUGUUGGACACCGUUGCACUAUGCUGCUCAAAAGGGUCGAACAGAAGUGGUUUAUAGUUUGCUGGCCAAAGAUGCAAAUGCAAAAAUUACCACAUGUAAUAGUUGGACACCAUUGCAUUUUGCAGCGGAAGAAGGUCACGUAGAAGUGGUAAAAUUGUUACUGACCAAAGAUGUCCACGUAGAUGCUACGGCAAACAGUGGUGCGACACCAUUGCACUUAGGCGCACAAAAUGGUUACACAGAAGUGGUCAACACUUUAUUGGCUAAAGGAGCGAACGUAGAAGCUAGAACUCUGCAAGGAUUAACUCCAUUGCAUUGUGCUGUCAAAAAUGGCCAUAUAGAAGUGAUCAACGCUUUGAUGACCAAAGGAGCGCAUUUCGAAGCUACCACAUACGAUGGCUUUACUUCAUUGCACUUAGCAGCGCAAAGUGGUCAUAUGGAAGCAAUUCAUGUACUGCUGAACGAAGGAGCGAAUAUAGAAGCUAUUGAAAUCGAAGCUUGGACGCCAUUGCACUUAGCUGCGAAAAAUGGACAUGCAGAAAUAAUUCACGUUCUGCUGAGCAAAGGUGCAAAUAUAGAAGCUACUGGUAAUGACGCUUGGACGCCAUUGCACCUAGCGGCGUUUAAUGGACAUUUAGAAGUAGUUAACAUUUUGCUGGACAAGGACGCGAAUAUAGAAGCUGAAACUUCCAAUGGAUCCACUUCAUUGCACUUAGCAGCGCUGAAUGGAUAUUCAGAAGUGGGUAACAUGUUACUGAUGAAAAAUGCCAAUGAAGAUGCUACAAAUCAUCACGGUUUUACGCCGUUGCACUUGGCAGCGUAUCAUGGCCAAACCGGUAUUGUUAACACAUUGCUAAUCAAUAAAGCGAAUAAUAAAUCUACAACACAUAUAGGUUUAACACCGUUACACUUAGCAGCCAAAUUUGGUCAUUCAGAAGUGGUUAACUCAUUGCUAAAUAAUGAAGUCAAUGUAGAUUCAACAUUUAUAGGUUCAACGCCAUUACACCUUGCAGCGGAAAAUGGUCAUACAGAAUCUGUUGUCCUUUUACUGAAAAAAGCUGCUAAUGUGGAUGCUACAACACUUGAUCAUUCAACAGCAUUGCACUUAUCCGCGGAAAAUGGUCACGUAGAUGUGGUUGGUGCUUUACUGACUAAAGGUGCGAAUGUAGAUGCAACUAAACUUUUAGAUCUAACACCAUUGCACUUGGCGGCACAAAAUGGCCAUGUACAAGUGGUUAAUACUUUGUUGAACAAAUAUGCAAAUGUAAAUGUAACUGCAAAUACCAGUUGGACAAUACCAGGUUUCGAAAAUACUGGUUGGACACCAUUACACUUAGCAGCGCAAAAUGGACAUACAGAAGUGGUUGACACAUUGUUAAUGAGAGAUGUGAAUGUGGAAGCGACAAAUAAUGGUUGGACACCGUUACACUUAGCAGCCCAAAUGGGUCAUACAGAAGUGAUCAAAUCAUUGCUGAACAUAGGUGCGAAUGUGAAUGCUGUAACAAUUAAUGGACUUACGCCAUUGCAUUUUGCAGCGGGAAAUGGUCAUGCAGAAGUGGUUAACAAUUUGUUAUCUAAAGAUGCGAACAUAGAAGCUACAACGCUUGAGGGCCUCACAGUAAUGCAUUUCGCAGCGAAAAAUGGCCAUACAAAAGUAAUUAGUUUAUUACUGAUGAAAUGUUUAAAUGUUCAUGCCUCCGAAAACAAAGGGAGGACUCCAUUGCACUUGUCAGCGGAAAAUGGUCAUACAGAGGUAGUUCAAACAUUGCUAAUAAAUGAUGCAAAUGUAGAAGCUGUUGAUAAAAACUGUUGGACAUCGUUGCACUUAGCUGCGGAGAAUGAUCACACUGAAGUGGUAAGCAUUUUGCUGAACAAAGGUGCGAACGUAUAUGCUACCACAUGUAAUGGUCUAACUCCGUUACACUUAGCAGCGAGAAAUGGCCACGUAGAAGUGGUUAACACUUUGUUGUUAGAUGAUGCGAAUGUGGAUGCUGCUGAAAUUGACGGUUGGACACCAUUGCACUUUGCAGCACGGGGUGGUCACAUAGAGGUGGUUAACAAUUUACUGAUAAAAAAAGCGAAUGUUAAAGCCACUACACUUGACGGUAUGAAUCCGUUGCACUUGGCAACGGAGAAUGGACAUUUGAAAGUGGUGAAUACUUUGCUGAACAAAAUUACGACUUUAGAAGCCGCUGAAUAUUUAGAUGAUGCAGCAUUGCGCUAAGCAGCGGAGAAUGGUUGCACUGAAGAGAUUAGCACUAGCUGCCAUAGUUAAUGAUUGAAUACGAUGACGCUUAGCAGCGCUAAACAAUCGCGCCGAAGUGCUAAACAUUUUUCUAAUCAAAUAUGAAAAUUCGUAAUUUUCAUACGAAUUCCAAGAGUUGUAAAUAGUCUUAUUUUGAACAUUUAUUUUGCUUAAUCAGACAUGGUUCCUGGAAUGUCUCAUUUCGGGGAACUAGUUAUAUGUAUUGAAGGUAGAAGAUUGGUGUUAAAUGUUCUAAGAUUAUAAUAAGGCUUAGCUUAAGCGAAAUACUAAUAUUAAAUAAUG